GGAUGUAGGGUGUCGCCGCGGUGGCUCCCAUUCGAAGGCGACGGCGGUCGUCUAAAUUUUGGUUCUAAUCUCUUCAGAAAAAGCGUAAUAACAUCGAGCAGACAGUGAUUUUAACCCACGUACAUGUUAGGUUUAUUACCCAUUCUUCUCACUUGAGCUCCAGGCAAGGCUCUGGAAUGACGGGGUGUGCGGAGAAUCUGAAUUAGCGCACCGUCAGUUUGAAGAAAGAGUGAGUCGGGGUAGAGACAGAGAGAGGAGCCAUUUUGUCCCGACUGUGUGGGAGAAAAGAAAGAGUGGAAAAGAGGAAUCACACGGGAGGAGAUAAUAUUUUUGCCUUUUGUUCUCAUGUUGUAGGAGAAGAAACAGUCGGGCUUGGGAAUUCGAACGUCUUGGACACGUCUACGGGCACGUUAUUUGGGUGGUAUUUAGCCAACUAGCUUGCCAAGCUAAACAGAUCCCAGAUUGUUAACUGUUAACAGUCAGGUGGACUUGAGCAAGUUGGUCAGGUUGGCCAAGGAGCUGGCUUUAGACUUUACAUAGGCGGGCUAGUUUAUCGGUUUUUGUUUCUGUGUUAACACAUACUGUGCAUCAAUGGCGAAGAAGACGUACGACUUGCUGUUCAAGCUGCUUCUGAUUGGCGACUCGGGCGUGGGGAAGACCUGUGUGCUGUUCCGCUUCUCUGACGACGCUUUCAACACAACCUUCAUUUCCACCAUAGGAAUAGACUUCAAAAUCAAAACUGUUGAAUUACAAGGAAAGAAGAUCAAACUACAGAUCUGGGACACAGCCGGCCAGGAACGGUUCCACACCAUCACCACCUCCUACUACAGAGGAGCUAUGGGCAUCAUGCUGGUCUACGACAUCACCAACGCCAAGAGCUUUGAAAACAUCAGCAAAUGGCUGCGUAACAUUGAUGAGCAUGCAAACGAGGAUGUUGAGAGAAUGCUGCUAGGCAACAAGUGUGACAUGGAGGACAAGAGGGUUGUACCAAAAGCCAAGGGAGAGCAGAUUGCAAGGGAGCACGGCAUUAGGUUUUUUGAGACGAGUGCUAAGGCCAACAUCAACAUCGAGAAGGCUUUCCUCACGUUAGCAGAAGACAUCCUCAGAAAGACGCCUGUAAAAGAGCCAAACAGUGAAAACGUCGACAUCAGCAGCGGAGGUGGAGUCACAGGCUGGAAGAGCAAGUGCUGCAGUUGAACAACUCCUCUGUUUCACCCACACUAAAGCACACAAACACGAAAAUACACACAUUCUGUCUAACUGCUAACUCUAACUCUCGCCCUCUAACCUGUCUCAUGAGUUUUCUUGCACACUGACACUCUUUAUCAGAAUAAAACAAUAAAUCACUCAUCUAACCCCCUCCACCCCACCAUAUUCCUCCACUCUGCAUCUGAUGAUCAUUUUUAUUUCUGAUAAAAAGAGAAAUCCAGUCACGUUUCUUGUCAUUUGUUUUAAAAGUUGUUAAUAAAAAGAAAAAAAAACAACAAAAAAAGUGUGAAAAGACAAGCUAAUAUUUUUAAUAUUUCUUUUGCCUAAGCUCAUCUAAUUGGACACCCUCUCUCUUUUAAACCCCACCCACCCACAGCACUCACUUUCAGUCAGAGGAAAUCCAAGUAAAGAGAAAAAUGAAACAAAAAAGACAUGUAGGAUUAACAUUUUGUACACUUAGUGAGGUUUCUGUUGUCUAACGUAUUUGAUCAUUUACUAUUUGUUACCAAGUGACAGAGGCGUGGCUAGCUCCUUUUGUAUGUGGGGGUUUAUUUUGUCCUGUGCCUUAUAUGGAAGACAGGGGUGGGGCUGUUUGGUGGGCGGAGCCACAACUACCCAAUAAAAUCACAGUUUAAUAUUCUAUCAGUUCAGACCUUCAUUGUGAAGGUGAACUGAAGCUAAAGAGUUUGAAUUUCUUCAUCAGCCAAGAGAACGGCAUUAUACAGUAUGUCCUGUUUAUUGAUGUUUUAUUUUUAUCUGUACGGUUUAUUUUACUUUUAGUUUUUUUUUUUAGUUUUUUUUUUUUUUUCCCAUUUUUUUUUCUCCCUAAUUGGGUUGUUGUUUUUUUUGUUUUUUUUUUCCUUCCUGCAUGCAGACUUCUUUGGGUUGGAAACGUUUCUGUAACAUUGUGUAACGUUUACCACUGGGUAAAUGUGGGCGGGAGGUACACAAGUUCUCUUUGGAAAUUCAAACAAUUUUGCAGAUCCAUUAAAAAUAAGCUUGUUUAAGUUAA